AACACGCAUACGCACACAGUAGCACGCAGCAAUGGCGGAACAGACUGAGAAGGCGUUCUUGAAGCAGCCUAAGGUGUUCCUUUGCUCCAAGAAAUCGGGGAAGGGUAAGGCUCCUGGAAAGGGAGGGAACCGGUACUGGAAGAGCAUUGGGUUAGGAUUCAAAACACCACGCGAGGCCAUUGAAGGCACAUACAUCGACAAGAAAUGCCCAUUCACUGGGAGUGUGUCCAUUAGAGGCCGUAUCCUUGCCGGGACCUGCCACAGUGCAAAGAUGAUGAGGACGAUCGUAGUUAGGCGGAACUACCUGCAUUGGGUGAAGAAAUACCAGAGAUAUGAGAAGAGGCAUUCAAAUAUUCCUGCACAUAUAUCCCCAUGCUUCCGUGUGAAGGAAGGUGACCAUGUCAUCAUUGGCCAGUGCAGGCCCUUGUCAAAAACUGUGAGGUUUAAUGUUCUUAAGGUGAUACCAGCUGGUUCUUCUGGUCGUGGAAAGAAGGCUUUUACAGGGAUGUGAGUUAGGCAAUCUGAAUUUCAUGUUAAAUGUUAAGGGUUUAUCGAAGGAUGGCUUUUAGACUUUUGCUUUUCAGUUGGAACUAUUACCAUUAACUUUGCCUUGAUGGCUUAAAUUUUUGUGUUUUGUGAACUUAUACUCUUUAUUAGCCUUUCUGUUGAUACUUCUCAAAAAGAGUAUGGGGUUUAUUUUCUAGAGUUUAAUAAUGCAUAAUUUACUA